AUGAAGGAAAUGUCUUCGUCUAUGCCAAUCCAACAUUUCACACAUAUCCAUCCAUUAACCAAGGUUGACGGAUAUGGCUGGUUCACAUGCAAUGGCUGCAACACCUACGGCUUUGGGACGACCUACCGUUGCGUCUCGUGCGACUACGAUCUUCACGAUCAUUGUGCCACGUGUCCCCCUACCCUCUUCAGCUUUAUGCAUCCACAACACGAACUCCAGCGAGUCUUUAGAGGACCAGAAGGGCAACAGAACAGACGUAUGUGUGACAUCUGUGAUGAAUCAAUUGAGGGGCUCUAUUACCAUUGUGAGCCUUGCGGCUUUGACAUCCACCCACUCUGCACGCGGCUGCCUCAGCAUGUGAGGCACGUGCCUCACCCGGCCCAUUACUUAGAGCUGAGCCACUCGGGAGCUAGCAACACGUGCGUGGUUUGCCGCGGUAGAAUCCAGUCAUGGCGGUACAAGUGCGGUCCAUGCAGGGUAGAUGUUCACAUGGAAUGCGUUACUUCGUCAGCUUCAAGAGGGCCCGCAACUCAGCAAAUAUGUUAUUAUAUAUAUCAAGGUCAGGGUCAGCAGUUGAGUCCGAGUAUGGGAAGAAGAACGUUUGCCAUUCUCAUGACUCUAACUGUUGGAGUUGUCUGCAAUCUGAUUUCUGGGGGCCUAGUCGGCUAG